CUAACUUUUAAUCGCCGCAGUAUUAGAAAUCGUUUUGUGACUUGCUGGAAGUUCCAGCGGUGAAUAGACGCCGGUGUCAACGAAAGCUUUACAUUUGUAUAUCCUGAUGAAUCUGGAGAAUAUGGUUGAAAGUGAGAAAAUACAAACUGAUGAAAAUGCCGUUCACAAGGAUGGGGAGAAUAAAAGGACAGAUUCGCUAGAACUACACAAUGAAACUCCGCCAGAAUUUGAACAAUCUCGACCUAAAUGGGGUUCAAAAUGGGAAUUUUUGAUGUCCUGUAUAGCGACCUCCGUUGGUCUUGGAAACAUUUGGAGGUUUCCCUUCACCGCGUACACGAAUGGUGGAGGAGCGUUCCUAAUUCCUUACAUUAUUGUACUAAUUGUAGUCGGCAAACCAUUUUAUUAUCUCGAAGCUGCUCUCGGACAGUUCAGCAGCCGUUCUAUCGUACAGGUAUGGUCUGUAACGCCUGCGAUGAAAGGCGUUGGCUGGGGUCAUAUGAUUGCAGCAUUUUGGGUCCUCAGCUAUUAUUGUUCCUUGAUGGCCCUUACGAUCUACUAUCUGUUUGCCAGUUUUUCAGGGAUUCUACCAUGGUCCUAUUGUCGCGAAGAAUGGGGAGAUAGUUGUGUUGCCGAUUCGUCUGUCCCAAGUAAUAGCAAUACCACGGAACGAUGGAGCUCCGCUGAACUAUAUUUUAGACGGAUAGUUCUACAGGAAGCGGAUUCUAUUGUCGAUGGAAUCGGUAUUCCUUCAUGGCAGUUAUCUCUUUGCCUGGCAUUCAGUUGGCUAUGCAUCUUCUUAGUGCAAUUCCGUGGUGUCAAAAGUGCAGGCAAAGCGGCAUACUUUUUAGCACUGUUCCCAUACGCUAUGAUGAUCAUUCUUCUGAUCAGAGCAGUCACUCUAGAGGGUGCAGGAGAAGGUAUUUUGUUCUUUCUAACGCCAAAAUGGGAUAAACUGUUGGAACCAACAGUGUGGUAUGCUGCUAUAACCCAAUGCUUUUUCUCUCUGACUGUCUGCCUUGGCGCCAUUAUAAUGUUCUCAUCUUACAACGGCUUUCGCCACACCCUUUACAGGGAUGUGAUGAUCGUCACAACAUUGGACACUUUUACCAGUAUCAUGGCUGGCUGCACGGUAUUCGGAAUAAUGGGCAAUUUAGCCUACGAGACGAAUGCCACAAGUAUCGACUCGGUCGUUCGCAGCGGUUCGGGACUAGCCUUUAUAUCAUAUCCAGAAGCACUGGCACGAUUUCCUGCGGUGCCUCAACUAUUCUCAGCUUUAUUCUUCAUAAUGAUGUUUGUCUUGGGAGUCGGAAGCGGACAAUCUCUUGUUGGUGUGAUUAGCAGUGCAAUCACCGAUCGUUUCUCCAAAUUAAAGCAGAUUUACGUGGUCGCUGUAAUUGUCAUUAUUGGGUUCUUCUUGGGACUGAUUUACUGCACUCCAGGAGGACAAUGGAUCUUGACCCUUGUUGAUUUCUACAGUGGAAACAUUUUGACAAUCGUUGGAGUCGUGGAGGUCGUAACUAUCUUCUGGAUUUACGGCUUAACCAACUUUCUAAAUGAUAUGGAGUUUAUGGUGGGCUAUAGGCCAGGUAUUUAUUGGCGAGCAUGCUGGUUCGUGAUAACACCUGUGCUAAUGAUAACCGUCGUAAUCUACACUUUUAUCGUUUACGAGGAUGCCAAAUACGAUGGACAGGAUUUUCCCCCAACUGCGUUAGGUUUUGGAUGGGCUAUUUUGGGUACAGCAGUAGCUCAAAUAGGUAUUUGGAUCAUUUGGAACUUGAUUCAAAAUAGAUCUUCGUCUUUUAGACUGACACUAAGUAGAGCUUUUAGACCGUCUCAUUCAUGGGGACCGAAAGAUCCGAUUACAUAUCGAGAGUGGGAAGCCUUUAAAGAAGAAAAAAAACAGAAGUCUCCGGGUGGAAUUGUCAAUUUCUUUUUUGGAUAAGAAAUACAGAAAUGUGAAGAAUCUGAACAUUUCCUUUAUUAUGACAAAAUGCA